AUGGAAGGCUCAGCGAAUCCUGACACGAGGAUGACUAAGGAUGACAAUCACUGUGAAGAGUUGCUGGAAAGUUUUGCUUUGGUGUCUGCCAACUACACGUUCUGUGCAAUACGUUUUGCUCGGCCUAUAAGACUCUGCCAGUUUUGUGUAGAAAAAUACUUAAGUGUUGAAUCAGUACAUUCGGACAUUCUAACUCUUGAAGACGAGGAAGGAGAGCAGUGCAAAGCGAAACUUCUCAAUCUGGACAGGCUACAAGUUGUGGAGGCUGGAUUUAACUAUGUUACUGGUUUAUGGCAGCGGGCAAGUUGUAACAAGUGUUUCGAGACCGACUCUCAGGGUAACCCAACAAAAGAACUGAAUGAGAAAACUAAGAAGAUUCUGCAACUUAGUAACGACACCCAAACUUGUAUAGAAGAACACCAUAAUGACACUUACCCAGCCUUCUACGACCCAGAAGUUUGCACUGUGUGCAAAAAAUACUAUGUAGAACUGAACUCUUUCUACGACUCCCAGAAGGAAGACGGAUUCUGUAUGGACAUUGUCGAUAUGAUGAACACUACCAGGUCGCAGUGGAGCACAGGUCUCCGUUGUUGCGUGGACCGCAAGCAGCCAGAGUGGGUGUUCCUCGUGUCCACUGCAGUGUUCACUUGCCUACCACUCGUCUUCUACUUGGCCGCCUACAUGUUUGUCACCAGCAAGGAGCAGACCGUCCUGAGGCAGAGCAGGCUUCAAGAGCACAUCAACUCCGCCACUUCUAGCAACAUGAUGUGUCCAGACUGAUAACGUUUAUCAGGAGGAAAAGUUGGCUGAGCUGUCACUUUGUCAAACAAUGAUUUAGUAGUAGUCUUACGAUCUACUAAGAAAAACUAUCAUAAAUUAAAUUACUAAAGAAGUAAUUUCGUUUAAGCUAUUAAGCUCUUACGUGUAAGUCUUUUAUCACUAUGUUUGUUACCAAAAGACUUAAUGUGAACAUUGAUAAUUCAAAUCAAUUCUGUUUAAAACCACUAACAGAAUCAGUUACUUUAUUUUAUUACUUUACUAUCUCCAAAUGUUCAUUGUAUAUGUUUGUCUAAAUACAGUUUUUACUUGUUGUUUGAUAAUAUAAUGCAUGUCUUUUUCUUUAUUGUACAUAUUAGAGAGAGUUAAACAACUAUAAAUUUAGUUAAAAGUGAUGUUUUUUAAUCUUGGUCCUCGUUAUAAUAGAUUUUCUUAUGUAUUAACCACAUAUUGUGUAACUAAUCGAUUAUUAUUGUAUGUACAAAAUAGUAAUAUACCAGACCAUAUGUCUGUUUAAACUGGAAUAACAGGCUUCAUUGAAGUUGCAUGCAAGAUUCCAACUUUAUAAGUCAUUUCAUUGUCAAUAUGUCCUGGGAGCAGAUAGAUAAUUAAACAGAAAAGAAAUAUUUUCCAGAUCCUUGGCAGAUGGGCAAACAGAAGAAUUUUUCCAGAACCCUUAGUGAUAGCUAAGCAAAAUAUACAAAAUUCCAAUUUUAAACAAAAUUCAUUCU